AGGCCGUUGCAUGAUCCAGGAAGCAUUCUAGAUCGUGGUGUGAUCGCCGUAGGGCUGAAGUGGACGUUGUUGCCGUCAAUCUCCGGACUUCUGUAGGAGUGUCUUGUAGUGGACAUUGAGAUCGGACAGAGUGGUUCAACCGCAUGUUGCCAGGGCAUAGCCUAGUAGUGGUCCUGGGGGCCAUGGCAGCUCUAGGCUAUUCUUGUGGUUCAAAGGGACAAGGGGGGUUGCAGGUUUGGGAUGCGAUUCCAGCGAUAUGCCCAUCUUCUUACACUGCCGUGCUGCUGAUAAGGCAUAUCGUUUUGGAUCACAGCAGCCGCUAACAGUAAGAACCUUGAACUGAGUGCUGCUACCAGAGCGCUCCGAGGAACUCUUUGCCAAACGGGCAUAUAUCGGGCGUAGCUGGGAAUAGAAAGUGAGUACAGCUAGCCAUAAGGAGGUACUUACUGCCGGCUUCCAUGUGCAAUUUAACUUCUUCCAUGGCCGCUAGAAGCUUUAAAAGUGCUUCGAUAGCGAACGCACGGACUGUGUGCUCAUGUCCCCAUGCGAAGUGCGAGACAAGAUGCCGGGAGCAAAACGGGUAUCAGGAGGCUUCAUAAGUCGCGGACUGCCAUAUUUCAUAAGCGACAAUACGGGCCACCUCGCUCUCUCUCACACACACACGCUUUGUAUCACCGACUGAGCAUUACUCAAGAUGGCAUGGCCUCUGUUACAACUGCCGCCCGAGCUGCUGGAGGCAAUUGCCACGGCGACUGAUGGUGAUCAGCUGCUCUUCCUCCGCCUGACCUGCAGAGAGAUGUGCAGGAUUGUGGACAAGGUCUUCAUCAACAGAUAUUUCACCACACGUCGACACUUGGUGACCAAGGAGUCCUUCCAAACUCUCAUCGACAUCAGCAAGAAUCCGAGAUUGCGACGCAAAUUGAAGACCAUCGAUCUGAUCGUGACCAAUCUGGCAUCGGUAACAGAUACGCCCACCAUCAGGAGACCUCAGAAGACUGCCGAUGCAAGCCUCCCACACCCAAUGGGGCCACGCCCGCAAUCCAUUUGGAGCAGUUGGUGUCACGAAGCCGAAGAUAUAACGAAGGACCGCAUGGAUGUUUCGAUGCUUUCCGAAGCACUGAGCAACUUGCACGAUGCCAGAGUGUAUCCAGAGCUCAAAGUGUCCACUCACACACAUCUAUCGCCAACACCCUAUGGCUUCCAUCGUCUGGUGCAACAGCUGGACAGUACAAAACGCAUGUGCAGCAGGAACGAGUAUGUGCUGCUGGGUCGCUGUCCCAACGACAACAGCGAGACCACGUGGUUACUUCUUGCUGCGAUCGCCAGGAGCAGGUUUCCGGUGAAGAGUUUGGACUUGUCCGAUAGGAGGUCGCCGCUGCACCCUGGCGUGAUGAGCUCUCUCAUGCGGAGCUCCCGCUUGAAGUCCGUCUGGUCGCGGCUAGAGACGCUCUCGGCGAGCCCCGGGUGUCUACACAAGUCGUCUGCCCGGCAGAUUGCGGCCAUGUGCGAUUUUAACAGAUCGGCGUUUUCGAGGUUACAGGAACUCCGGCUAGUGUUCAACAGUAGAUGCUGCAAAGCCGAAGAAACAUUUCUACACCCACAUAUGCUCACACCCCUAGUUGCGACUGAACUCAAAACGGUCCACCUGACCGGAGCAGUGCUGCGGUCGCAAGAUCUGUGUGGGUUUCUUGCCCAACAUAAGGAUUCCCUCCGGAACGUGGUCCUCCGCCAUGUCGUUCUGGGUCCACAUGACAAGUUCGCAGCGGUAUUCGAGUGGAUGAACGCCGAAUUGUCAUUGGACUCACUGGUCCUGCAUUGGUUGCGCCAGGGCCAUGACCAUAUGGACGAGCGGUCGGGUCGGGGUGCGGAGUACGUGUACAACAGCAAGGAGGAAGUGAAGUCUGGGCUUCGAGAACUGGCACGAAGCGCAACAUUCGGGGAUCCGCCGCCUUGUAUGGCACAGUGUGAGCAGUGAACGACGUGUGCACGUGAGGAGGCACUGGGGCCGUCUGGCUAGCAUCCGAGACUCGGUGUUCGUUCGGGCUCGCCGAUGUCGCGUACUAAUAGGAGGUAGGAGGGGAGGUAGGAGGUAGGAGGUACCAACAAUCUAAUCUAGGAGGUAGCAGAUUUAAUGAUACCUGAAUAAUUCAUCCAGACUCGUGAGACUUGUUCACUUGGAAUAUUCCACCUGUAGAAACAUCAGUAUUCGUCAUGCCGACCACCACUGGCGCAACAGUGAAGGCUGCGCCCAGAAGUGGCAGAAUCGUGGUGCUCCCUGGAGACCACAUCGGACCCGAGGUGGUCACAGAAGCGCUGAAAGUGUUGGACAUUGUAGAAGCUGCCACCGGACUUCACUUGGAGCGUGACUUUGAUCUUUGUGGCGGCUGCUCGCUAGACGUACACAACGACUCCGUCACAGAGGAGGUAUUGAAGAAAUGCGAGCAAGCUGAUGCCGUCUUUUUCGGCUCAGCAGGGGGUCCAGAAUGGGGUACGAGUCAGCCCAACCCAGAGUCUGGCCUGUUGAGGAUCCGGAAGAGGUUGCAGGUCUUUGCCAAUCUCCGACCUUGCAAAUUUGCGUCAAAGACAAUGGUGGACUGGUCGCCGAUCAAGCGAGAAGUCAUUGAAGGUGUCGACUUUAUGCUCAUCAGAGAGAACUGUGGCGGGGCAUAUUACGGGAACAAGAUCGAACAAGAAGAUUAUGCAAUGGACCCCUGGGAGUACAGCAGGGCAGAGAUCGAGCGUGUCGCUCGUGUUGCUGGGGCCCUCGCACUACAGACUGAUCCUCCUCAACCUGUGUUUAGCGCCGACAAGGCAAAUGUGCUUGCGAAUUCCCGAGUGUGGCGACGG